GUGACUGAUACAGACAGUCUUUUUACUAUUCACAAGAACCAAUUUAACAGAACAAAUCUACCAUCCUUUAGAGUUCAGACUUUAUUUAUCUAAACUGUGAAAAUUAUGUGUUUGAUUCUUGAAACCUAGCUUCAAUUUGAUAGUUAAAUGAAGUUAAAAGUAUAAUAGAAUUCAAAUAAAUGAUUGUAAGAUUAACCAUAUCUUACAGAUUUAAAAUAAUCAGCUUCAUUUUUUAGCCUCAAGAUGCCAAACAAGACUAUAGACGAGCUGGAUGAGUUCCUGAAGAAGGCUGACAAAGCCCAAGAGUUGGUCACUCUAUUGCAGUCAAAGGACAUGAAUGUUGUGAAGGAAACGCAAGACAAGAUAGACAACAUACUGUCUAAUGAUUGGGAAGAGGAAGAGGAGGAGGGAUAUAAAACUCGAGAUGGUUUCAGCAAGUCCUGUAUUAACAAACUAAAAGAUGAACCUCCAGAAGCAGACCCUGGCCCUGGGGGUGUAGUUGGUGGAUUUCCUGCAGACACGCCAUCUGAUCAGGAUGGGUUUAUGAGAGCAGUAGAAGAGGAUGCCAACAGACGACACGAAAAUAGGAAGAGAAAAGAAGAGAAAAGUAAAGUACGUCGAGAAAAAGGAAAUGAACAUUUUAAAAAUGGAAGGUACAAAGAAGCAAUUGCAGAAUAUGAUAUUGCCAUUAAGCUUACAGGAUGGGAGGUCUCACUGUAUACAAACGAGGCUCAAUGUUAUAUUAAGAUGAAAGACUUUGACAAAGCUAUUGAAGUUUGUGACAGAGCUUUGUAUAUUGAGGAUGAUUUUGUCAAGGGGUACAUUCAGAAAUCUAAUGCUUUACUUGCUAAGAAAUGUCAUAAAGAAGCAGUUGAAUGUUUGGAGCUGUGUCUUGAAAAUUGCAAAAGCAGUACUUCUACCGUGAAUAGUUACCUCGGAAAAGCCAAGAUUUUGCUUGCUAUUGAAUCAUCUAACACGGAAGUUGUAAAUUCUGUAACCCCUGAAAACAAAAAAGAAUUUCAGCACUUCUUAUCUAAGCUGAGCUCAAAGAAAGUCUUUGAAGCAACCAUAGCUUCUGAACUUUUGUUGAAAAGCCUACAACAAUCAGCCAUGAAUAUCCAACUUUUCCGAGCUCUUGGUGGGAUAGAAGCUAUACAAAGCCAACUGAUGAAACAUAAGGAGCAUGCCCUUCAUGUGAAUUUGUUCAACAUUCUUAAAUGCAUACUUUGUGAUGACAGAUUAACAUUCCAUCAUUGGAUUUACUCUGACCCAACUGCCAGUCUCGUAUUUCACGCCAAAAACGAAAAAUAUAGAAUGCUUGUCCUCUUGUUAAUGCAAAAACUUACCUUCUGGGACUCAGAGGAAAUUGUGGAUGGCUUUUUAGAAUUCUGGUCUGAUGGGUUAAUGAGACAAGUCUUUGCUGCAUGUUUUAGUGAGAAAGAAACCAAAGCUAUGUCAGUUUUAAUUCUGGGGAGAGCAAUCCGGAACAACGCAUUCCUCGUCAAAUUCAAGAAUGAGGUUAUAGAGAUGCUUAAAUGUGUUUCUAACUACAUUCCACGCCUCGUUGAGGAUGAUAUAGCUGAACAAAAGACUUGGAUUGGUGGAUUGUCUGGACUCUCUAUGACACCAGUUGCAAGAAAAUUGCUCGACAAGUCCUUCUGGACAAUCUUCUUGCCUCUGUUGGAUUUCCUACAUAAACAAGGGAAGGAGUCUAUGAUUGACGAUCUACUGGCUGCUGGAAUGAACUUUACACUCGACAGCACCAGCUUAUCUGACCACGGAUUGGAGAUAAGUGAGAAGUUGGUUGGGUUGUGUGGUAACCCGACCUUUAAGAAAGCUCCUCUACUGCUGAACAGAGUGUUGGAGAAGUGUCCUAAUACUCUUCUUGCUGAAGACAAGGGUCAGUUUGCUUCCCUGCUCAAAGUGAUAAAAAGUCAAUCCGACCUCCAGUCAGAUAAUCUCAGUACAGCAGUCAAGUUACUAGCAAGAACAACUGCCAAAUCACCUCAGGCGAGAAAAUGGGUGGUAAAGUACAAGAUCUUGGAAAAGCUGAUGGAUCUGCUUGAGUGCAACACAGUGUCAGACAAGUCCUCCAAAUCAGCAACUGCAAUACUUUCCAACGCUGCGCUGAGCUGCGCUCAUUGUUUCCAGGACGAAGGUGUAUGUAAGAAACAAGAAGUAGACGUUGUAGACACGAUGCUGAAACACGCGAAAGCUGACAAAGGACUGGCAAUCCAGCAGAAUGCGGCAAUAGCUCUGGCACGACUUGCCACUAACAGUCCCGUUUUGUUGGAGAGGCUGAGAGAGCUGAGAGGAUUGGAAAUAUUGCACUCUAGGUUCACUCCUACAGGGUAGUUUGUAAUCAGUGGAACUCUAGUGGAACUCUAGUGGAACUCUAGUGGAACUCUAGUGAAACUCUAGUGGAACUCUAGUGAAACUAAUUGAACUCUAGUGAAACUCUAGUGGAACUCUAGUGAAACUAGUUGAACUCUAGUGGAACUCUAGUGGAACUCUAGUGGAGCUCUAGUGGAACUAGUGGAACUAGUGGAACUCUAGUGGAAGUCUAGUGAAACUAGUGGAACUCUAGUGAAACUAGUGGAACUCUAGUGAAACUAGUGGAACUCUAGUGAAACUAGUGAAACUCUAGUGGAACUCUAGUGGAACUCUAGUGGAACUCUAGUGAAACUAGUGGAACUCUAGUGGAACUCUAGUGGAACUCUAGUGGAACUCUAGUGGAACUCUAGUGGAACUCUAGUGGAAGUCUAGUGGAACUCUAGUGAAAACUAGUGGAACUCUAGUGAAACUAGUGGAACUCUAGUGAAACUAGUGAAACUCUAGUGAAACUAGUGAAACUCUAGUGAAACUAGUGGAACUCUAGUGAAACUAGUGAAACUCUAGUGGAACUCUAGUGGAACUCUAGUGGAACUCUAGUGAAACUAGUGGAACUCUAGUGGAACUCUAGUGAAACUAGUGGAACUCUAGUGGAACUCUAGUGGAAGUCUAGUGGAACUCUAGUGAAAACUAGUGGAACUCUAGUGAAACUAGUGGAACUCUAGUGAAACUAGUGAAACUCUAGUGAAACUAGUGAAACUCUAGUGGAACUAGUGGAACUCUAGUGGAACUCUAGUGAAACUAGUGGAACUCUAGUGAAACUAGUGGAACUCUAGUGAAACUAGUGGAACUCUAGUGAAACUAGUGGAACUCUAGUGAAACUCUAGUGAAAUUAGUGUAUAAUCUGUCAUAUUAUUGUGACAUUGCAAUAUGCUGUGUUUAUGGUUUUUUAUUUAGAGUUUAAAUAUUUUGCAUUUUGUAACCUCUGUAGAAAUCCCAUCACCCUUUCGUCAAAUAUCAGAAACUGUAUAUAUAGCUUCAAUUUUAAGUGUGUAUAUUUAAUAUAUUAUUUUCGUACUGUAUAGUAAUUUAUAAGUUAUUUUUGUCAGCCAUAUUGUAUUUGUGUCAUAUUAAGGCAUUAAUUUAAUGUUUAUUU